AUGACUGAAGAGACUAAACAGUUCUUGGUUGCCAAAGAGUUGGAUAUUGAGUCCAAACAGCAGGAUAAGAGGGCUGUGGAGCACAAAAGUUUGAAAGAGUCCCCUGAGCACUUUCAAAAUGUGAGUUUAGAGCAACAGGCUUUGAACAAUCUUGCUAAGUUUGGAGAAAAAGAUAGGGACAGCACGCAGCAACGUGAGGCCGUUAUUCGGCCACAGCAGGCUGGAAAAAUUGAUUUUAAGUCACUGCAAAAUCAUUCAUUUAGUAGCAACAGAACAUGGCCUAGCGGUAAGGACAGCCCUCAGUCACCCAUUGGCAAAAGUCGGAACAGAGACAAAAGUAGAAAGUCAGGGAAAGGAGAGCGUGGUAACCCGCAGCAGUUGUACAGACUGAGUAUUACAAACCCACGCUCAAAUCCAACAAUUGGGAUAGCCUAUCCACAGCAAAAAGUGUCACCUCCAAAGAAGCUUGAGUCCAGCAGGGGACCUGUCUCAGGCAGCUACAGGUUCCAUGUGCCAAGUAUUCCAGAGCGUGAGGCUGAACUGCAACAGGAGGAGCUAAACUACAACCGAUGCUUCCAGGAGGGCUCCCCCAACCUAAAUUCUCAAAGCUAUACCUCACAGGUGGUUGGCUCCACACCUGGAGGGCCUUCUCUCCAGAAUCAACCCACCACCCCACAACAGCAGCAACAGAAGCCCAGCCCAAUCGAGAGCAACAGCACACAACCUGGCAAUGAAAAUGUAUUCCCUGACUUUCAGCUGAGUGAAACGGACACUUGGCAGUCUCCAGAUAGGACUUUUAGAAGUGCUAGUUUUGGUGUUACUUCACAAAAGCCAAACAACCUUGUGGACUUGAACAAGGCCAAUGGUAGUUUUAUGUCUUUGCCAUUUCAGUAUGGAUACCCAUUGUUAGAGGAGACAGCUCCAGAUCCCUUUCCCUGUGAUCAGAAUACCCAGUCCAAAAACUAUAUUGAUAUUUCUAAUCAGGUUUCACAUAAUUCCUUUUCCUUUCAGUCCUCUGGGGAGGGACAUGAGGUCAUGCAAACUAGCACACAGUUUGGUAAUGAUCAAUCAGAGGACAGACAGUCAUACCCGUUACACCCUAAUCCUCCCCAGUAUAUGCAGACUCCACAUGGUGUGCCACCUUCUGUCCCCACAAAUGAUGACAGCUCGGUAUUAAGCACUCGCCAAUCAGAUCAGAGUAAAAUUGUUCCAGAUAAAUCUGAUUCUUUUAGCCCAAUAGACAGCCGGGACACAGGCCUUGCAGUAGGGGGCAAAAGAGGCUGCCAUCAUAAAAAUGGCACCUCCAGCCAGAGAGUUCUUAUUCAAGGCAGUGCACAUCAUAUUAGGGAUACUGCACAAGGCUCAAGUUCCCAGAUACAUGUAAUUAGUUCUCCACAUAAUGGUAUUCACGUUGGACCAGUGCCUGUUGACAAAAGUGUCUGUAAACACCACAGCAGAGUAUCACACCCAUGGGAAGGACCAAACAAAGCCUUUCCACCGCCAUUUAUAGACCCGAAUCCUACACCUUACCCCUUUCAGUACCAGCCUGCACCAGAACAAAGACAAAACACUGGCAUUAAUGCCCGUAUGCCUUGGCAGCAGACACGCUUCACAACUGCCUUGCCAAACCAAAACAGGAUUGAUCUUUCCAGACAACUGAGCAAUCAGCAGCUCACUUUUUUGGUAGGCCCAUCAGACUGGCAAGAUGAUAAUAAGCCACACAAAACUAGCAACCAAAAAUGUUCUAACAACUUUCUCAGCAAAAAGACAAAUGAGGGAUUCUCAAAUCAAAGGCAAGACAGUGUCAAGCAAGGUUGCAAUACAAUUCCACCCUGUCAUUUCACAAAUAAGGUGGACACAAAUCAAGGCCAGGUGGGUGAUGCCAAGAAUAAGUCAUUAUACUUUGGCAUGAACCACACAGUGCCUGUGACAUCAUCAAGAAACUGUACCUACCCUCAAUUACAUGUAGCACCCAUAGGGCUAAGGAUGGUGUCUCCAUAUGACUCUCCUUCACAUUCACCCACUCAAAAUCCAGCCUCUAGCAGUACAUGCUCUUCACUUUCACCAGCCUCCACAAACUCUGUAAAUAGUAACUCUGAUGACAGCCAAAUUUCAAAGGUUCUGUCCCCUCAGUUUUAUCACCAGCAACAGGAUAAAGCACUGAUAUCAUCCAAUAACCUCAACACUAACCAGCAUCAUUACCAUUCCGACACAUCCAGAGGCUUGUACUACAAACAAGACAGAGCCAAAGAGAACAUUUUAAAUUUCAUACCAAAUAACAGGCAUUCAAAGCCCACCAUGGACAAUGGGAAAGGUUGUUUAGACACCUACAGAACAGAGCACCAUCCUCCACCUCCAUACUCCGCCCACCAACUACUCACCACAUCAUUAGCCACAGCAAACCUUGACCAACUGGAUGUGCUUUUGACAUGCAAGCAAUGUGAUCAGAAUUUUAAUAAUCUUGCCUCUUUUCUUGACCAUAAGCAGUACUGUGGACAGCAUACAUUUGCACAAAAUGACUUAAAAGAUGUGCCAAAAGUGGAGGAUGCAAGGAAAUAUCAGACAGACCACACAAAAGCCAUGUCAUCAGGAUCCAGUUAUGCAAUUUUACGGAGCUCUUCAGACUUGCAUCUGUCUCUGCUUGGACUUAACAAAAAUGGGGAGAUAUUACCAGAUAAUGAAACCAAAGGAGAUAUAAAAGAUGAUCCAAUGAAACUGAUGCUACCAUCUGCACCCUUGCCUGACUUAGAGAUGGAAGAUCCCAAAUUGGAUAGCCUUAUCAUAGAGGCUUUAAAUGGACUAGGUUAUCAGUCAGACAAUGCAGAGAUUGAUAGCAGCUUUAUUGAUGCAUUUGUUGAUGAUGAUCUUACCACUACUAAAUGCACAUCAACAAGACAGACUCUGACAAAUAAAGACUCAACAAUGUUCGAAGUUAGAACUAACAACGGGUCAAUGUCCAGUGAAAGACCUCAAGCACAUAGCAAAUAUCCAUUUGACACAGAUUUAGACAGCCUUAGUUCGGACAGAAAACACACAGACAACUCUUUCAAAGAAAAUAAAUUUGAGUCAAUGCAAAAUGAGGAAGAUCUUAAAAUGGAAACCUUAACAACAGAUUCAAAGUCACAAGAGUCCAGCAAACAAUUUGAGUGGGAAACAAAAUCAGAAAAAGUAGACCAGGAAAAUUAUGAUUCUAAGUUUCUAUUAUCAGGUAAAUUUUCUGCAAGAUCUGGGCUUAAAAGCUUUCAAGGCAGAACAGCAUUAGUUAAAACAACAUGUCCUAGAUCCACCUCUGCCACCAAAAGUCCUACAGCUCAGAAACCAAUAGCAACAGAGGGAAAAAGAAAAAGGACUGGUGGGGGAAGCUGGAGCAAAGAGCUUAUUCACAAAAUUGUUCAACAAAAGAACAAGUUGCACAAACUGCAUGUAAAAGGCACAAAAAACAUGCAGUUUUCACUUGUGAUGGAAAGAGUGACUCCUGCAGUGCAGAACCCUACUUUCAGGGAGUAUGACUAUGUUUCAGACUCAGAUGAGGACUGUGAGCCUGUGAAGAUAGCCAGUCAGGGGCGCCUCAGUCAGAGCAUUCGCUGCAAGUACACUUACACUAAAGAGUGCAAGGGGAGGAUUCAUGCUGACAAGAGCCGGGAAAGUUCAUGGAAACAAAACAAAAAUGAAUGCUUUGAAGCCAAGAAAGUUUUGGAUGCCUCUCCAUCAUUGAUAAAAGAAACUCCUGGUCACCAGAGGCUGCGAAGACGGAGCAGUAGGUCUUCCACGAGCAGUGAACUAAGCACAUCUAUAAGUAUCUGUAGCGAUAGCAUUAACAGCCCCAAAAGUACUGAUCAUACAGAUUCAGAAUCUGAGAAAAGAAUGGAAGUACAAAGGAAAGAUCAUGACUCCCUUGAGCAAAAUGGGUACGAGGACUCUCCGCCAAGAAUACGGAAAGAGUCAAGCACAUCACUGGCUUUGACCUUUACAAAAAACACAAAAAGGUACAGCACUGAUAAGAUAUUACUCACUGAACACAAGGAUAGGUUCACUACUUCAAAAUGCUCAAGCAUUAUCUGUAAAACUGAAGAGACUGCAUCUGAGCAUACAAUGACCAAAAGCACUGUCAGCCUCGCAAGAUUCAAAACCACCCUUCUAGAAAUAGAGGAAAAAGGGGACCACUACGGUUUUGAGACAGGAAUUCUAGCAACCACAGAAGAGCCAUUCAAAAAAGAUUAUCCAAAAAAUAUCACAUCACCCAGAGGGUCUGACAUAGCACUGAAUCCAAUGGAAACCACCAACAAUAGGGAAUCUAGCCAUGCUUUUAAACUAAAAAAAGAUGUUGUUACAUCAAAGGGUAAAUCCCACAAAAAGAGAAAAAACAGUUCUGAAUACUCAGCGCCCAUUUUGGAGACAAGCAGCAAUGACAAUCCAUCCAGUGAAGAAGCCAAGAGAAGCUCGAGUGGUCUAUUCUCUGAUCCUCCACCUCUUUGCAGUUCACUCAUGGACAAAGUGUGUUUAUUGCCUUCUAAAAUGCAUGAUACUUCUGCACAGAAGGAUGGUCAAUGUCUCAUGCCUUACACUUCAGAACAUGAUCAGAGUCUAAUAAAGUCACCCCUUUCUUUUGACACAACAUCAAUGUUUGGUGACCUUUCAGUGGGAGUUUUUGAGAACAAUCUUUAUCCAGAGAUUCAGCUUGCCAAAGAGAGCUUUAGUCCUUUGGAAACCACUACAGAUAAGAAGGAACUGUUUGAAUCAUCAUUCUCACCAUUCUUGGAGCAGAGAGACUGGAAUCUGAUGGUUGACGUUACUCCUGAGCUUCCUGAUGAGAUUUCUCAGUACAAAGAGGACUCGGACUCCAAUGAGAAUGAGACCAAUUCUAGCCAUGUAUCCUUCUCUUUGCCUGAAAGAUUAAUGGACUAUAAUCCAAAUCUCAACAACAGCGUGUCAGUUGAUGAUCUGGAAAUAAAAAGGAUUGUUACAGAGCUUGAGAGUCAGCUCCAAACAGCUAAGCUAAGCAGCCCUCCGCCAUUAGACAGUGAGCUGCCAAAACAGCUGACCAUGAGUAAAUUCUCUCCACUGAGACUUGACCCUGAUAGUGAAGAUGAAGACAAUGGCUUGGAGAUGAACUGUCCCUCAGAGAACAUACCGAUUGCUACAUCAGUAGACUCGCAUGCACCAAUGUUCCCAGAAUCAGACUUACCAUGGUCUAGCCCCCUCCAGUUUGGGUUGAUGUGUGUUCAACAAGGUCUUCAUACUCCGACACAUUCCUCUACUAUUAACACACCAACCGAAUCAGGACAUGACCAUUUGGAUUUAAAGGACAGCAUGGGGCUGACUGAUCUGAACACAGAAAACUGUCCACCUUUGCAUCUAGAGGACAAAACUGAGAGGAGCAAGUUCUUGGACAUUGCCACCACCAGCAAGUCAGAAGAGAUGCUUGAACAUGAAAUGUACACAGAAAAUCUGAUGAAGAGCCUGGAAGUGAUCUCAGAUUCAUUGUCUUCAGGGUUCACAUCACCUCAGUCAUCACCUAAUCAAGAAUGUGGGGUUCUUGAGGAGCAUGAAAAAUCAGACAAUGAAAACUCAGAACACAGUGAUAAGUCUAAAAAAAUGGAAUUUAAAAACUCAGAAGCAGAGCUGACAAAUUUCUUAGUGGAGACAAACAAGUUAUCAGAUCAACUACAAGAGUCAUCAACCAGUGACAUUGUCAGGUCAAAAACAGAAAAUGGAGCCAAAGCCAGCCUCAUGGAGAGUAGUAAUGUCACUCUUCACAAUGGCGACUUAUUAGUUAAAGAACAACAGCUUACUGAGAGCUCCUUUGAGAUUCCUCAAACUAAAUGCUAUGUGGACUCCAAGGAAAUAGACACACAGUCUGUAGUCUGCACUGAUGGACAACAUUGUGAGUCUUCUGUCAUACAAACUGAUAAUACUGAGACUGAAACAAUGUUGGAUGUAAAAGAUGUAAAAGACUCGAGUCAAGACUAUAAAAUAUCUCACCUCUCAACAUCCACAGCCACACUAAAAAAUGAAAAAACUAUGUGCGUAAAAGAAGAGAGGCAAAAAUAUGAUGGUGAUGAGUCAGUUCUAAUCGUGGUGCCAGAACCCAUUUAUAAAGAGAAUGGGCAUUCCUGUAAUAAAAUAAUGGGAGCAACAGACAAUCUCUCCGAUACAGACAUCCAGCCACUGCUUUCAAACAUCAAGUCUCCUUGCAGUGAGGACUAUUUUUUGACCCCUCCACAACAUAGUGGGACUUGUGAAAUUAAUACACAAGUGGCUUCUCCUAAACAUCUCCCUGUGGGUCAAGAUGACCAUGAAUUUACAGACAGUGUGAAAAGAGCCACACCUGAAAUGACAUUGUUUCCUGCACCAGAAUGUGAAGAGAAUCAGCAAAAGAACAUUGAUCAGAUUCCUGAACAUCUAUCUGUGAAUCAUCCCCCACAGUUUUCUCACAACUCUAUUCAAAGCCCUUCUGAGCUGAGAGGUAACAGUCCAGUGCCAGGUGGCUUGAAUGAUUUUAACACAGUAAGCCCUGCACUGAGGAAAACCAGACCAGCCCUGGAAGACAAAAACUCAGAGGACAUAAAUAUUGGCAGGUCAUUAGAAACUUUUGAUUCAGCAGCAACAGGAAUAGAUAAUUCAUUUAUUCCCCAUCUGGAUUUAGUAGAAAUCACAGAGAGUAAAAUGUCUAGCCCUGUGACACAGUUGGCUGUGGACAGCACCUCAAACCAAUCUUUUGGUGAUACUUCUGAGUAUCCUGAGGCAUUGGACGUCUCUCAACAUAAAGGUUCACUGUAUGAUUUGAAACUAAGCCCUAUGCAUUACAGUGAAACAUGUUUUAGGGACUACAACUUCACCUCUAAAUGUUUAAACAAAGGAGAUGACCAGUCUGAAAUUAAAUCAUGCUCCACAGACAAUUACAUUCUCAGUUCUUGUGCUCUUUCUCUUGAUAAACCAUUGCCAUCCAACACACAGCAUAAUGCAAAUGGACAUGAGCCAGAUAUUCAGGGUCACUUUAUUGGACUUAAUAUACCAGAAACCUCUAGAAAUGACAAUACUGACCAAACUGAUAUUACAUUUUCAUUUGUCUCAGCUACAUGCAGUAAUUAUGCUAAGGACGUCACUCCAGUUGACUCUGAACUAAAAAAACUUCUCCAAAAUGAUAUGAAUGGUGGUCCACUUGAAACAGUUGUUUACAUGGAUCUACCCCUCAAACUUCUGAAGAGAGCAGAUUCUGAGAUGCUGGGCAAUCAGAUCAUUACCAAUAAGAAUGAUGCACUUUUGCAGAGGUCCACUAUGCUAGAUAUUAAGGAAACACCUAAACCUUUGAUAGAUCUUACAUGCCCACCUGUCCAAAACAAAGGACAGUGUUCAAAGCCAAGUGAAACAAAAACCUCACCGAGAAAGGGUGGUACACAGAAUGCAGUUCAAAGAAAAUUUCAGUGUGAAAUAUGUGCAAUGUUCUUUCGUACUCUACCUGGACUUAAAAGACACACAGCCAUGAAGCAUGUAGUAAAGAUGGAAGGGAUUUCCAUUGAAAAUGGAAAUAUGAGCAGUCAAGUUUUAAUACCUACUUACCAUAUGUCCCACCCAAUCGAAAAAGCUCUGAAAGAUGGCAUGGAUGAUAUGGGUCCAGCGGUUCUUUUGCAUGCAAACAGAAGUGAAAUCCAAGUUGGACAAGAACAUCAGGCAGAUCCACCUCUGAUUUUUGAAGAAAUUGCAAGUAAUGCGGAUGUGUCAAAGAUCCCAGAAAGUCAUGUUAUGGAUCAAGCAACAACUGUAAAUGAAAAAGCUAAUAACAUCAGCAAAGUAAAGAAUAACAAUACCAUGGAAAUCAGCAGUGAAAUGUCUGCUCCAAAACUGGUAAAGAAAGACUCUUUUUCAAAUGAAAUACUCAACAUACUAAAAAAUGAUAUACUGCAAUCUGUCUCUCCGGAUGUCCCCUCAAUGCUGCAUGAAAACUGUCCUAAGUCAACUGAAAAUCAGGGCCCAAAUAGCAGCCACGACUAUCAGAAUGUCACUGUGAGAGAAGAGCAUACGAGCAUUGGAACUGUCAGCACCAAAGAGCAAAAGGAAGAAACUUUUACAGAACGGUCCAAAUUGUAUAAGAAAGAAGUUACAUGUGAUGAUGAUGAUGUUGUGAAAAUGUAUUGUGAUAUUCAACCGAAAUAUGUUCACACAGAAGAUAUCCACUAUCCACUUGUGGAUUCCAUUCUGGAUAUCAAGCAUGAGAGCACUUGUUCUCUCACAGAAGACAGCCACGCACUUACAGGUACUCCAGGACUAGGACCUAAUCUGAAGGCUUUAUUUGAUGACGAAAGCACUUUUUCUCAGUUAUUUCCAAGAAAUGAUGACAGGAAAAGGAAAAAAUGUGCAAGGGUCUAUGGUAAAAGCAACAAAAAGCAAAAACAACUGUCCUGUUUAGUUCUAGACCAUCCUCCCAUUAGUGUCUUUAUUGAUAAAUGUGAGGAGUCUAAAGAAAACAAGAUGGGCCAGAUGUUUACCAAUGACACAAAUGACCAUUGCGAAUAUGAAACCAUAUCAAUUGAUGAUGCUAACAUGCUUGAGAUGUGUCACAAAAGCUCAGUCAAGAGCUCCAUAGAGAACGCUUGUCACUUAAAAGAUGACCUAAUGGAUCAUCAGGCUGGAUAUGAGGAAAAUGCAUUAACUGGCAUUACUUUUGACACAAUUAGACAACCCUUGGUCCAUCAGGAUGAAUCAGAAGGCACAGUCACAGAGAACACAGUGUCAACACUUCCUCAGGAAGAUUGCCAACCAAAGGCCUCUCACUCCCCUAGCAUUGAGAUACCAAGCCUUGAUACUUUAAUUCAGCUUCCUGUACCAUUUUUUGAGCCUGGGAAGGAUAUACCAUUGGUUGAGACCAUUGCAAGCCCUGAACUGAAAGAUCCUUUAAGAUCUUGCAAAAAACUUACAGAGCGGAAGUGCAGAAAACGCAUUGAACCUGGACUGAAACCCAAGGAUAAGCAGUACAAAUGCAAGGUGUGUUUCACAUGGUUUCUCACUUUAGGUGAACUAGAUUUCCACAAGCUCUCUCACAAUCCAUCGCCUCCUCCAACUUGCUAUAUGUGUGUCCAACGCAAAUUUAGCUCCCGUGAACAGCUUCGGGACCAUCUCAGGGAGAAACAUGCCAAGAACAAAGCAGGCGGUUGGACUUGUGGCAUGUGCUUGAAAGAAAUCUCAGAUGUCUGGAUGUACAAUGAGCACUUGCGAGAGCAUGCCACACAGUUUGCGCGAAAAGGACAGACUCAAAGUUCCCUCCUGGAUAUUCCUGGGUGUUUUAUGCAGCAAAAUGCUGUGAAGAACUUCAUAUCUUCAAUUAUGCUGCAUCGACCCAGCAAACCUGCAAAAGAAGACACUGUUAAACCAUCAUCUAAAUUGGAGAGAAGAGCUUCUUUGUUAGUAAAUGGGCAAGAGCCGAAGAUUCCAGAAGAGGUUGAUUCCACAGGUCUGAAGAUUAAAAUGAAUAUUGGGGGAGGAGGUAAACAUUGUGCACUGACAAUGCCUGAUGUUCUACCUAAAGCAGAGACUUCUUUAAAAAAUGCUGAGAUACAUCCUAAUUGCAAAGAUCCUUCAAGGGACUGUCACCACUGUGGCAAGCAGUUUCCAAAGCCCUUCAAGCUUCAGCGGCACUUGGUUGUUCACAGCUUGCAAAAGAUUUUCCUGUGUCACAAAUGUCCACUGUCCUACCCAGAGGCAAAGGAGCUUAAAGAUCACCUGAAAAAGGAGCAUGAGGAGACAGAUGAGCUAGACUCAAAACACACUACACUGUAUACUUGUGAACUUUGUGCAGAUGUUAUGCAUGUAAUCAAGAAGUCCUUCAUAUGCAGUACCUGCAACUACACCUUUUCUAAGAAGGAACAGUUUGACCGUCAUAUGGAAAAACACCUUGCUGGAGGGAACAAGAUCUUCAAGUUCAGGGGAGUCAUGAGGCCUUGCACGCCUUUUAAUUCAAAUGUUGAUAAAUCUGACAUGCCACCGAGCAACAAGAGGAAGGCAACCGAGAGCAGCUCAGACAAAGGCAUUGUCGCCAUGCCGUCACUCAGCUUAAACAAGAGUACUGACAUGCAAGGCAUGAAGUCAGUGUUGCCCAUCAUAGAGACAACUCCAAAGAAUAGUACUGAUGAGCAUUCUACUGAAACAAACAAUACCAGUGUGAAAAUUGAAGAUGAAGCUGAGGACUUCCCUGAGGUUUUCAGGGAAAUUACACAGUGUCCAUCGGCAACAAACUCUGCUGAACAGAGUCUUAUCACAUCAGAGCUGAAGAAAGAGGACGAUAACUACUCCCCAUCUCAUAAAAUGCAAGAGUGUGAGACCAGGGAGGUCAAUACAAUUGAUAAAGAAGCUCUGACAGAAAUUUGUGAUGUAAAAAUGGAAGAUGAUUUUUGUGCAAUUCCGACUACAUUGCUAGCUUCAGAGAAUGACAUCAUUGAGAGCAAUACAAAAUGUAGUGGAAAUGACACGGUGGAGACAUAUCCCUCUGUAAACCUUGAAAAUGCAAGUGAACAGGUGGAAAUAAGGGACUCAAGCAGAUACAUACAAGUGUGCAGUCAAAUGAAUGUAAGCCUACCACAACAAGACAUCCAAGGCCUCUCAUCUUGCAUUGACUUUGACCUCUCAUCUGAGAAGCAGUCUUCAGUUGAGACAAACCAAUUAAUGCAGGAUCAAACAAUCGAGUAUUCAUUUUCUACCAAGAGAAAUGAGACUAAACAAGAAGCUCACACAGCGCAUAACAGUGAACAGCCAACUAUUCGUCUGGUUAAGCAUAUAACUGCACCCAAGUCUGUGGAUAAUGUGAAACAAAGCCUUGAAAAUAACCCAAGGUGCCUUCGUACAACUGAUGCUGCACUAUUACGUCACACCAAUAUCUCUCACAACUCCAAUCCAAGUGAAGACAAGGACUCGACCAAGCAACAAAAGAAGAGGAAAGAACUAAAGUCACCUCUCAGUUUUCAGAGAACACCAUCCCCAACUGCAAGGGAAAAUCUUGGCAUUGACCAAAGGGUCAAAAAGAAGUUCAGACCCAAUAGGUGUGAAAAUAUUGAUGGGCAAAGAAAAAACGAGCUUCACAAUGACUAUCCAGUACUUACAUCAGUAAAGGAUGACACAGUCAGCAAUAAAAUCAUCUCCAAAAACAAAAUAGGGUCUUCUAAUCUGGGCCUUCACCUAAAGAAAGGUUCUGUAGAUAGUUUUUCACCAAAAAAGGUGGAGAUUGUACGUCACUUUAAUGGGGAUUGCAAAGGGAAAAAGAACAUUUCUGUGAGACCCAUUCAUUCCCCUUCUUCCAGGAUGUCUACCCUGAACAAUUCAUUUAAUAAAUCACGGUCCAAACCAGGGGGCAGAUCCAUAGAGACUCAUUCAUAUCGUACUGCAGAGUCACAAAACAACCUCCUCAGCCAGCUGUUUGGCCAAAGACUGACUAGCUUUAAAAUUCCUUUAAGGAAGGACACUUCUGAAUCUAUUAAUUAAGGAUUAAAUGGAUGCUAUAAACGAGGAGGUAAUUAAAUUAUCCACUAGGCAUGUGAUUAAGGCAGUUUAUUCAUGAGACAAGGAUUGUAUGGCCCUGCUCUGUGAAAUCAUUUAACUCCAUGUUGAGUCACUUUAUUGCAUUCCUUUUGUAAAUGUGUAUUUACAUAUAUGUGAAGACCAACAAUAAAAUGUAUAAAUAUAGGAUGAUUGUUGGUUACAAAUAAGUUUAUUUUCUCUAUUUUAUAGUUGAGCAUUAUCUCUAAGAGACUGUAUUUCAACAACAACAAUUAAAUAGUUUUUAGGAAAAAAAUUACUUGAAAAUGAACUGAAAAUAUUUGUUUUCCAAAUAAUGCAUGACACUUUUACAAUUAAAUGUUCUAAGAUGUUUUUCUAGCAACAGGACCAAAGGACAUCCUAAGUCUGGAUCAUGUCAGUGUAUUUUAUAUGCUUCAGAGCAUUACUCUUUCAUACUCUUUUACUUUACUGUAUUGCUGAGACACUCAUUAGUAUUAGCAUUUGUAUCAACACUAAUUGGUGCUAUAUUAUUUUAUUAUUAUUUGUGUAAUGUGAACGCAAUGUCUUAUUACUGAAGGGAACAUAUAGCAAUUAUAUAAUCAAAUCAUUGCUGGUACUCGACGGUUUCGGAGGAAAUGACAAAAAAUUACUGUGCAAGAUCAAUCCAAAGAAAGGGUUGAUUUCUGUCCUAAUUUGAUCUUUUCAGAAGGCAAAGGAAUAGCCUUUUCUUUUCCAAAACUGAAUUUAGUUUGAUUUAAUCAAUAAUAUGUACUCAGGUGCUAACGAUAAUUAUUGGGCAUGAAACCCUUAGGAAUUCUUCCCAUGCACUGAUGUUUCCAUACACAAACCCCACAAAUGAUCAUCUGUCCCCCAGUUCUUUAAUUAUUCCUAUUUACUAGAACAAAAAGGUGCUUUUUUAUGUUUAUAUGUAUCUUAUAUUGUACAAUAUUGUAGGUAGAAUAUUUCCAGUGCAAUGCAUUAUGUCAAAGUUCUAUUUUAAUAAAAGAUGAAGAGAAUAAGGAAAGGGAAAUAAAAAGCCUCAUGAAGGCUCAUGAGUGGAUCACAAAGUGUAUCAUAUAAACUUGGUUAAUAAAACUUUUG